AUGGCUACUGUCAGCACCUUUCCAAUAGCUACUUCGCUUUCUAAGGCAUUUAUUCAUUUCAAUCCUUCGACACUUAAACCCGAAUCCAAACCCGAAUCUAAACCCAGGAAAUCCAAGUCCCAGGCCAAGAAACCCAACAUAACAGAGCGCAACCUCUCCGAAGAUGACUCCCAUAGAUGCGACGAAGAGUGGGCCAAUAUCAAUAACUUGUUACCCGGCCUGUCAGGCUCUAAUGCGUUGCGUUCUCUGGAUCCGGAACCCCUUGUUGCGGUAGGAGCUACUAGCCCUUCAGAUGGCGAAGGCGAUUUUAGCACUAUUUCUCCUCCGCAGAUACUACAGACCCAGCAGCCUGGUCAGGAAGGGCCUUGCCUGACUGCAGAUAUGGACUUAGCCGUAGAUGGGUUUAAUAGAAGUAGUCUAGAAUUUGCUUUCGUUCUAGAUAAUUUUGCAGCCGGAGCAAGCCCCGGCAUGGAUGAUACCCAAUCUAGUGGCCAACCGCGAGAAUAUCAGGAUAACAGCCUGGAUGCAGCUGGCAUGCGCGCAUUCUCUGUGGAGAGCACGGCACCCGCGUAUAACGAUAAAGAACCGGCUAUCUGCAAAAUUGGCGGCAGAGAUAAUGGCGCCGACACUUUAGACCUACCUCGAAGCGACCUCCUCUAUUUACAGAAUAGCGGUGAUAGCAAACAGCACGAAGGCCUAGAACGGAUAGGGCGACUCAGUCUAGCUCCCUAUAAACAUCCUCUCCAAGAACGAAGGCUAUGUUGCUUGUUACCCUAUGCCAAAGGCCUCGUCGAUUGUAACAGCAACUAUUCACGUCCUCGUCAGAGCCGGACGGUGCUUAGUGCAGACCAGAGCAAUCCUCACAGCAAUACUGCGAGUUAUAACGCCGACCAUGCAGACAGCCACAUAAGCGAAGAGGAUGAGGACGACGAUGGAGACGAAGACAAGACGGAAUACAGGCCUUAUGCUAUAAGCCCUGAUCCGAGGUUCAACAGAGGCGAAAUGCGCUUCCGUCCACGAACGCGUGUAUUAUGGUUAGAGUCGGACAAACUGCAGUUACUCACGUACAAGAACAACAUGGCUAUAGAGUGGAAGAAGAUAUUUAAACUCUUCCCAGAUCGGACCCCAGGCGCAAUACGGACACGCUACUACAUGCUGCAAGGGAAAUCAUCUAUAGCUACGACAAAGGUAGACGGAGCCCCACUACAAGCGCCCGAAGUUAAAGCCUUUAAUACCCCCAAACUCCAACGCUGGAAGGACGUGAAAGUCAGGAGACGUUUGUCUUACGAGACCACUCUGGAGACCUGUAACGUACGCUUUGCUGAGGAGAUUUCGAGGUGA